AUGAACUACGCCAGCGGCCUGCCGGGCUGGACGUGGGGGCGCGACACCGCGCCGCCGGCGCCGCCCGCAGAGUCGAAUGGGCUCUUGUCGUACUUGAAUAGCGGACUGUCGGGCUAUGUGCCUCUGCGGUCCUCGGAGCGCUCGAACGAGGAGGAGGCCUACCUCUCGCUCAGCCACUGGGAGCGGUUCCUCGGCUUCCUUGCAUGCCUGGCAGGGAGCGGGAUCUGCUUCCUGUUCUCCUUCUUCUUCCUUGCGCCGCCGAUCCUCGCGCUGCGGCCACACAAAUUUGCGCUCGCAUUUACCCUGGGUAAUGUGCUGUUCAUGGUAGGCUUUGCCGUGCUCUCGGGGCCCAUGGCGCAGCUGCGGCACCUCAUGUCACAGGGGCGCCUGCCGUUUUCGGUGGCCUACGUCUCGUCGAUGAUCGGCACGCUCUACUUUGCGCUCGGGCCGCGCUGGCGCCUGGUCACCUUUCUCUUUGCGCUGAUCCAGCUCGUCGCGCUGCUCUUUUAUCUCGCAGCCUACUUUCCGGGCGGUGUCACGACGCUGCGGUACGCUGGCUCAAUGCUCGCGCGGGGUGGAUCGAGUCUACUCCCUCUAUAG